AUGCAAAUCUCCAGUCUCGUCUCUCUUACCCUUCUUUCUCCCCUUGCAACCGGAGCGGUCAUCCAUUCCGAUUUCGCGAAGCGCGAGUCCGUCGACUGCCAGAAGAUCCAGGUUGCUCUCAGCCAGGCGGGUGCAUACUAUCGAGGUAGACUGAGCGGGUACUACGGACAAGCAUAUAUCACCUUUGCCAAUAAUCUCCAUGCACUUGAGAAUCUAGGCAGUCGGACGAUACGUCAAUGCUAUGAUAUGGCAUCCCCUUAG